AUGUUCUCCAGUGAAACUAACCGCUCCGGUAAAGAUUGUCCGCUACGGUGUUUGAUGACAGAAGUAUUUAGAGCCACAUCAGCAAGCUCGCCUAUUACCCAGGGCGCAGCCCCUACGUCCUGGUGGGCAUUCUGCGCCACGAGCGCCCAGCGCGUCCGGCACCGCCAGAGUACAACCUUCGCGCCAGGCUCCGCCGCAGGACCGUCCAACUCUCUGGGACCGCCAGGAGAUAUGGCUCACGUCCGGAGGGCACUCGCCAAUGCUCUGGUCGCCUGGGCCGCCAUGAGAUUCCCUCCCCCCGGAGACGCUAGGAUGGAGUGA